GACAGGAAGUCUCGAGAGACGUGCACUGACCACAAGAAGUUGUUAGAGGUCAUUUUGCCGUUCGUGGACGGCCCCGCGUUUGUGAAGUACGGCACUCACCCAGGCCAGGACAAACUCACGGAUGAUUGCAUUCUAGCCCUGCAGAGGGACGCCAAAAUGUCGUGGGCCAUCAGGGGCGUCUCUUCGAACCUCACGAUGACGAAG